AUGGUACCUGUACCUAUUGAUUUGACUAAAAUUGACUACAAACGCCUUCUUCGGCGCAAUGUCCCCGGAAACGGAUAUUAUCAUGGAAUGAGAUAUCAGAGAGGUGGAAAUCAACGAGGAAACGGUCUUGGUGGUGUUCUCACUGCAGCUGCUCAUUUAAUUCCUCGGUUUUUGAACUCUUUUGCUGGACAGCACAUGGUCAAUGCAGGAAAACAACUAGUUUCGGAAUUGGCUCAAGGACAAGACUUUAAAAAUAGUUUGAAAACUGUUGCUCAAAGAAAAAUUAAAGAAAUUGGUGGCUCUGGAAAGAAGUCGUCUGUUCUUGUUUUGAAGCCACAUUUGGUGAAAAAGAAGACGCACCGCAAAAACUUUCUCUAG